CGCGUAGACCCACGAAAGCCCCACACUUCCUGUUGGGAAAAACAUUUUCAAACAAGGAAAUUUCUUUUUGAAAAAGAAAGCACUGGAAUUUAUGUUGUCCACUAAUAAUACAUACAGAUAUAUAUAGAGAUAAAGAAAGAGAGGGAGAGAUUAUCAUGUACUCUGGUAUUACUUAAAUUAUGAACACCCAGAAAAGCACCAGCCUGUUGCUUCUCUCUAGCCUUGUGAUUGGCCUAGUGAUGAUCUUGGCCCAUGGAGUUCAGCCAGCAUAUUCAUGCCGGGUUCUUCUCGAACCUCUCCAGAAGAAUUAUACAGCGAGAAAGUUUAGGUUGCCGCCGGCGCCACUUGAAAAGCCGUCGAUUCACAUCUGCGCCAGCAUUUCCCCGCCGGGAAGACACGGAUGAUCAUCAUGGUUUGGAAAUGUGGCCGGACAACUUCCAAAUGCUUAUGUAGGCAGCCGUUAACUCCGGCCAUUUGUAUUUUAGGUGAACGUACAACUUUUCGGUUCUUCUCACUACAUUAGUUCCUUAUCGACCCUGUGGUACUUCUUAAAAGAAAAAGGUCCUUUGUGCCAUCGCGAGACAAGGAAAGCUUGUCUGGCAAUCUUAUUUUUAAUGAAUAUUAAAUUUUUUU